AUGCCUCAUUCAAGUGGACAACUACGAGGUCCUUACGCAACUACAGCAUGUACUAAUUGCCGACGAAAACACGCGAAGUGUUCUGAAGAAGUUACUUGCACAUAUUGUAUAUCCCAUGGGCUUAAGUGCGUUUAUGUUAAAUCGGUUAAAAAACGAGGACCAAAAACGACCAAUAAAUCAAAUGGUUUUGAAAGUAACUUUAAUGAAACUGUAAAUAUCGAACAGGAUCACACAUUUAAUUCAAAUGAAAUUCAAUUUAGCAAAUUCAUUCCUCCAUAUUUUAACUAUGGCGAAGAACUUCAACCAAUCCAAAAUGAAUAUCAAAACUUCCAUGCUCCUCGCGAAAUCAUUCCCUUUUUUAAAGCCAUUACUAACAAUAUUAUGCAAAAUAAUUAUCUUGAUUCACC